GUUGUAAACCAACCAUACCAAACCCAAUAGUAAGGAUAAGAACAAUUUGAAUACCUUUUAUUUACGAAUUUAAUUGUACUGACUGUUUCUGAAGAGCGGUACUAUUAUUUCCUAAUGGAUAAAAAUGUGUAUUUAAAGUAAACUUUAUUUCACAAGAAUGAAUCCUUAUAAGGAUGUUGAAGACAAUUCUUUCACUACUUCUCCUCAUCUUACCUAUGAGAAUAUUGCCACGAAGCUGUUGAAAGAUCACUAUUUCCUGACAGCACUUGAACUGCACACUGAGCUUGUAGAAUGUGGUAGAGAACUGCCGCAAUUAAGAGAGUUUUUCUCCAAUCCAGGAAACUUUGAACAGCAUGUAUCUAGGGCAUCUGAGUUUGGAUCUAUGCAUCGAACACCCAGCCAAGCAACAUUAGAUUCUCUGGACACUGCUCGUUAUUCUGAAGAUGGAGGUGGGGAUCGUGGUGGCAGUGGUGGCGAUGUCGCUGUGUUGGAAUUUGAACUAAGGAAAGCAAGAGAAACCAUCAACUCUUUGAGAGCCAAUCUAACACAAUUUGCAGAUGGAGAUUCAGCUCUAGAUAAAGUAUCCAAAGAUUCAUAUAAUCAAAGGUCUUUAAAACCGCAUGAAAAGAAAGCUCUUAACUUUCUCAUAAAUGAAUAUCUGUUACUACAGGGCUAUAAACUCACUUCAAUAACUUUUUCAGAUGAAAAUCCUGAUCAGGAGUUUGAAGAUUGGGAUGAUGUUGGUUUGAAUAUGCCAAGGCCUGCAGGAUUGGUAUCUUUAUUCUGGGGUAAUUCAACUUCACUAAACAUUCCUAAAGUUGAUGCUUUUACACAGUGUGAGUUUUCUAUUACAAGUAAAGGAUGUCAAACAGAAUUUGAGGAUGGAAAUGUUUGUGUGAGUUGCCAAACUUCACUUGAUGCUGGUACUGAUUGGAACCAUGAGCUAUUAAUCCAAGCCGAAGAGAUUGUUUUGCUUAAACAGAAAAUAAUAGCAUUGGAAACUGAAAAGAUGAAUUUUCAAAAGCUUUAUGAUGCCGCUAUUGUCAGUUUGAAUUCAUUAACAAGCCCUACAUCAGACAGUAAAGGACUAGAUUUACAUAUACCAGAAGAAAAAAUAACAUCUGGACAAAUAGCUGAUGAGAGAAUAGAACAAGCAUUGAAUGUUAGACCUAUCACUUGUACAGCAGCUGAAAACCAUUAUGGGAGCGGUAAUUCUACACAUAGUGUAACCCCAGAACAAUUUGAAAUGAUUGAUAGUGAAAAGAAUAAUGUGUUAAGGAAAGAAAGUUCAAACACAAGCUCGUUCGACCCAGUGACGCUAGACAACAGUGUUCGCGACUCGCCUCUGCGACGCAGCAGUGUCACUACCCUCGACGAAACAUUGAGUAUCAACGACGGUGGGGAGUGGACUCGCGUACAGUACGACUAUGGUGGCACUGAAACAAAUAGCAAAGAGAUAUGGAUCGAUAGUGGUCUGCCACACAGUUUAAAGGUUUCUAUUUUAAACUGGUGUUGUGAGACACUAAAUUUAAAUGAACCACUGAGCAACGAUCUUUUAGCUGAACUGGUUACAAGUGAGAAGCAAAUUACAUUGCCUGGACUAUUAACGUUAGUGGCCGACACACUACCUCGAAUAAUACCGCACACGUUAGUUGCGCGACGUUGUGAGACCGCGGCGCUUCUAGCAGCGGGCGCCGCCCUCCUGCCGCCCGGCGACGCGCGGCGAGCUCGCGUGCUGCACACGUUACUGACGCUCGUCAAGAAGCCCGACCACGCCGACACCAGGGUCAUAUGUGAAGCAACGUGCCUAAUCGUCAAAUGGGGAGGCAGUGGUGAAGUACUGUCAUCAAUAGCGGAACUUCUCGCGUCGAGAUCUGCCGAACGGAGAAUAUUAGCCAGCCAAAUAUGCGUGGCCAUCGCGCCCUACGUUCCCAUAGAGCUAUGCACAUCUCUCCUGCUUAGUUUAGUUAUUCUCAUGUGCGAAUCUAACGAAGUGGAAAUCAGAAGUUUGGGACUGAAAUCCGCCUGCCUUAUAUGCCCGGUCGCUGAACACAAAUAUGCACAGCUCGAGAAUCUCAUGUUCAACUUCUUGAGGGAUCCCGUCGAGAAAAAUGUCAAAGAUGCCGUUCAUAUUUACGCGCCUGUAUUGGCUAGGACAGCCUUAAUAGCGGGAAAAUUUGCGACGGAUCUGUGCAGUAGAAUUAUAAGUAAUUUAGUCAAAUCAAGUACGGAGAACGAAUGGAAGAGUAUGAUAUUAUAUUUAGAGAUACUGAAAGUAUUAGUUUUAGCAAAGUUGGCCUAUGUCGUCAAUGUACAAAUAGUUAGAGAAGCAAGUGUGAAUAACUGUGAUAAAAAAUCAAUUAAUUUACAAGAGAUACCGUUGGAAGGAGAUCAAGAUUAUUUUAUAGAUCUUCAGUGCUAUGUGAUGGAUAAUGUAGAUACGAAGAUAUUGUUGGUAGCUAUGAAUAAUUUAAUUAAAGAGAAACCUGAAGUGAGAUGGACUGAGUUAACUUGGUUUAUUAGCCUAAUGAAACAAAUUUUAGAAAUGGCCACAAACAGCAGAGUAUUAAAUCAUCCGAUGACUUACGAAGCGCUCAUAUCUCUGUUCAGUAGUUACGUAGACAAUUUCGGUGUAGACUUCACCUGUCAUAUAAUCAAAGGGAUAUUUAAUGACACAAUAGUGGAGUUGGAGAAUAAGCUGGAGAAACUCCAUAGUGUCAAUGUGGAUAGUACAAUUAUUGUUGGUAUAUACUUGAUAGCUGUGUUACCAGUUUUCGAAGAUAAAACGUUUCACGGAGAAUUCCUACAAAAAUGGAUAAUGUACAGUAGUAUAAGAAGUCUUCCAGUAAAGAUAUUCUCAAUACCUCUGAAGUGGGUAACCAAACAUCGGCCGGAGACGCUCGACUUUUACUUGCAGCAUCUCAGAGAAUUAUCGGCCAGCAGUUGUGAAACGUCAAGUGGUAGUGCAGUACGGGUUUACAUCGCAACUCUGCUCACUGAGUUGCUCAACUCAGCAGAAGUGAGCGCCGGCUGCAUAGAAAGACACCUUCUUCCCGCAGUCAUGGCAUUAUUGCAUGACGAUGAACUGUCGGUCCGGGAAGUGGCUAUAACUACGUGGGGUACCGUGACCAGGACUUGUAUCAUCCGCGGCUUAGAAUGCGAAGCUCAAUGCUGGCCGCCUGUGGAGGAUCUACUUUCUUCACGCCCUCUAGCGGGCAAGGAAGGAGUUAGAGCGGCCGAAUCACUCGCCCUUCUAGUGCUGCCAACACCUGACAACCAUGCCGUCUCCGAGAAAGCUGUCUCGCUACUCUGCGAUUUGUGCGAUCGAUGCGCGUUAUCCAGCGAAUGGCUCGCCGCGUUGACUCCCGGUCUACAACUAGCUGCGCAUCACUGUCGCCGGCACCCGGCUUUACUUCCGGCGCUCAGGAAAUUAGAAGAAGGCGUGCAAACGCCAGCCUUGUCCAAUUAUAAAGGCGCCAUAGAAGCAUUAAUACACAACGUCGCUGGUCCCUCAAUAGAAACAACACGGGAACCGCCUCGACCGCCAACGAAUCUCCAAGCUGCCCAAGAGGUCGGCAGAAGGGUAACACAAAUGUUCCAGCAGUCCAAAAACAAUAUGAAUCUACAAAGCAUAUUCAAGAAGAAAACGUAAGACGUUUUCGGAAACGACGACUGACUUCGAGUCUUAAAUAUUGGUGCUUUAAAUUGGUUACGUACAAGAAAGUUAAAACUCGUAAAGUUGUGUUCUACCUGGAGCAGCGUUGCCCGAAGUCGGGAUUUAGGGACAUUUUGAGUGAAAAAAGCGGGAUACCUUUGUCGAAAGCAGGACAUAGUAAAAAAAAUCAAAAGUUUUUGAAUAUUUAUCUUUUUUUUUGAGUUCAAAUAAUGUUUACGUGACAAUACAUUGGUACCUAUUAAAAUUUACAUAAAAAUGUAUUUUAAUAAAAAUAUGCUAUUUUAAAUCAGAUUUACCCUAUCCUUAAAUAGAGUUCGAGUUAUGCCCGAAAAGCGGGAUUGACCCUGUCCCGCGCGGGACAUUUAAUUUUGUUUUAGAAAUCGGGACGUCUGGCAACGCUGACCUGGAGUCUUCCAGGUGUAUAAAGGUGACUAAUCAAAAUUGAGCUGUGCUGUGUUAUAUUUUAUUUAAUCAGCUCUCUCCACGAUUAUAAUUAGAAACAAAUAAUUCGUGAUGCGCUGCACUUUAUGUGGAUGCGAGAAUGUUUUCUUUCUACAGCGAGGCCUCUGAAAGAGUUCCGUAAAAGGUAUCAAUCAAUUCCUUAAGUUAAAACAAUAUGGUACACUUUCCUAAUGACUUCCUUCCUUCCUACUAAAAAAAAACAAAAAUCAACUCUUUUCUGUUGCAAUAAGGGACUGAGACGGACUGUUAUAAACGCAUUUUUUCAACGUCCGCAUUACAACAUGAACAUAACAACAUAGCGCAACGCAGCUCAAUUUUAAUUGGUCAGCCUUCGAAACGACCAUUGGUGACCAUACAAACGUCACCAACGUCAACCAUACAUUCAUGUUCAUAAAUGUCAUCGAAUCCAUGAGAUAACUGCAUAUUUAAUGUAAAUGGUAAAAGUAUCGUUCAAUAUAAAAUAUUUAUGCCGAGUCGCCCCCAAAUUUAUUUUUUGGUAAAACCGGGUGUUUCAGUGAGAUAAAUAGUAUAUUAAAUAAUCAUAAAGUGUAGGAAACUAUUGUGCAUUUAAAUCAAGCCUUCUAGCUUAGUUUACCCGAGCUAAGCUUUAACUGCUGAUUUCAACUGUAAUCUGUCAUAAUUGGAUUUAAAAAUAUGUAUAUAUUCAAAAGUAUUCCUUUAUAAAUUCAUAUUUAAGUUACCCUAAUAUCUAAAACAAUUAAUUAAUCAGGCAACUAAAUGUACUAAUUUAUGUGAAAAUAGUGGCUAACAAGCAGGCGUCUGAUAAAGUGUCUAUCGUUCAUGUAUGCGAUAACUCAAAAGAAAUAAUCAACUCAUCCUGUAGUGUCUUCUGUAGUAUAGAAAAACUAUAAAAAUACUAUAUCCAAAAUGAACUUUAACAAUAUAGACGUAAGGUCUGUCUCUCAGUUUGAUUGUUUUAUUAGUUAUAUCAACGAUAUUAAAUACCCUAGAUACACCACGAGCGCUCAAAAUAUGUCCCAAUCAAGAAGUGCUUUAACUCCUCUCAAGCACUUCUUGGUUCACAGUCACGAGCGGACCGUUACGUAGUCAAGAUGCUACAGAGCUCAGUGAAAAAAUGCGAGUGUCGUUGAAAAACUGCGAAAAUAAUAGUACGAAAAGUGUAGUUUUUUCGACAGGUAUCUAAUCAAUGUUUGUUAAUUUAACGCAUUUGAAGAAAAUUUUGUUCUAAUACUUACUAUAAACUGAUUUAAUAUAAAAUACUUGUGAUAUUCAAAUCCAUGGACGGAUAUACGUCGCCGUAUAGCCGUCUCUUUUCCUUGCAGUCCGUACCUGCUAUUUUGCUAACAAACGCAUUCAGAAUUGUGCGUAGAGUCCAAAAAAAAGGUCUCUAUUCUUCCGCAUAUAGCAAUAAGUCGUAAAAUUUUACGAGCUUGCAUUUCAAUCUGUCAGAAGUCUUUGACGCAUGCGUUUUAAUUAAGACCUUAUACAGUAUGUAUUAAAGGUGACUUUCAAUGUUUAAAUAAUGCCGUAUAAGGUUUUAGACCACUCGAUCAUCUUACGGAGCUCCGUGAAUCGUACAAUGUACCUUUUGGACACAUUCCGGCCACGAUUUUGUUCGUGUUGUUUAUUAUACUCUUUAUUGCAUCAUAUAGUUCAAAACAAAGUCAAAUACAUAGUCAGCAAAGGUUGGCUUAUCUCUAAAAGAGAUUGUUGUUGUAUCUAGGGUAUUUAUUUUUCGUUGAGUUAUAUAGUUUAUUUAAAAAUUCUCGUUGUGAGCGUUAUUAUUUUAGAAUAAUGGAUUAACUCAUUCAAUAGGUAAUUUGUAAUCGACGUAAUUAACACAGGCGGCGGCAUGUUGUAUUGAAGUUUUGAUACAUUGUCCUAACUGAACAUGUUUACUAUGUUUUAUCAGUACUCCUUUAUAUCAUUUUUUGUUUUUUAAUAUAAAAUGUCUAAACUUUUAUACUCUAUUUCUUAUAUUUUUUUGUUUUAAUGAAAUGUAGAAAUCUUAUGAAUUUAGAUGGUAAGUGAAAUUACUGACUAAUCGACAUUCCUAGCGUUUUAGCUUACGUUAUCUGUGGUGUCGAUUCUUUGGUAUGAUUCUCUCAACCUUAAAUUCAUUUAACAGCAGUGUAUCCUUGACAUUCUGUAUAUAGAAUGAAAAGGAGGCACUGAUGUUAAAUUUAGAGAAUCGUACCAGAAUCUAUACAUGUAUGUACUUAAUUUAAAAUUAGCUGUAGAACAGUACAAAGAUGUUAGUGCAAUACAAUAAUAAAAUAAAAAUAUUCAUAAUAUAACAAAAUACUCCAUCCUCAUUCAAAAUAAGUGAUUUUUGUAACACAAAAUGGGAAUUUAACAUGAACAUGCCAAGCAAGCUGAAAGCGCUUCCACAAAAUAAUUUUCAAUUUAGUUGAUUAUAUUUUACUGUCAAUAAUGUAUAUACUAAUUUUCAAAAAAUAUUUUUAUUUAUCUGUUUAAAACAAAAACAUUUUUAUAACAAUUUCAAAUAAUAGGGAUGAUGACGGGGUAAAGUAAACGAAAUUCGAUUUCGAUUUUCGAUUCGAAAGUCCGUCAGUUAGAUUAUUAUCAUAAAAUAAAAGACACUUAUUUUACUUUCGAAUGACAAAGAUACGUUAAAAUUUGGGAGUGGGAGCUCAUGACGUGACUUUUAUGUAAAAAUUGUAACAAGAGUUGACAUGACGUCAACUCAUGACGUCGUCAACAUGACGCAUCCCUGUUGUGUUUUGAUUAUGUGAAAAUAGAAAAAAUAUGUAUUUAAUACUUUUUCACAAUCUAACGCAUAGACGAAAAAAAAGUUAGUCAUCAUCCUUAUUAUGUGUAUUUGAAUCUCACAAAAUGACGAUUAUAUUCAUACCCGUGAUUGUAUAUUUUAUAUUACAAAAAGUUGUUACUUAUCUUUCAUAUCUUUCUGUUGAUUCAGUAAAAAAAUGUUAUCGAUGCGUGCAUUGGUGUGCAUUACGUGUAAAUGUAUGUAUAAAUAUGUGAAGGUUAAAAAAUAUAUAAAAUAAACAUAAAUAUAUAAUAUCUAUACUUUUUUGUGUUACUACUUUCGGCGAUCAGUCUACAUUAAUAACAGAUCAUUUUUAUUGUCUUUUCAGGCGUGCGAUAUGACAUUUUCAACAAGUCCCAUUUGUAAAAUUAUUUUCACACGUGAUUGUACAGUAUCAAAUGAAGUUUUUAAUAUUUAAUAAUGUAUUGCCUCUGUAUUAAAGUAGCCAUAUUAUAACCCAAAAUACCAUGAAUGUAACCUGAUAAUCAAAUAAUAAUUUUUAAAUUUAAGCUUAUAGGUACUUAAAUUGCUACUGCGCAGAAAACAUUUUCCAUUAUACUUAUUCAAAAUAUUUUUCGGAGUUUGUUUUAACAUUGGUAUCGCGCUGUCUAAACUUCAUUGUGUUAAUGCUUCAAAUGUUUCCGUUUCUCUUGACCGAGACUACACUAACCACACCAAGCAAAUUAUAGAAACUAUAUGAACAAGAUUCAAGAAUACAGAUGCAUCUCAGAAUGUUCUGUAUAUCCCCAGUAACCCCCGCGAGGAUUGCCACCGAAGGCAAAUAGGUAUAAAUAAACUGAAGUGGGGGCUUCAUUCCCAUUUGCCUCCGCUGCUUAACCCCGGGGGACGACUGGGAAUAUACGGAACAUUCUUAGAUGCACCUGUAUUCUUGAAUCAUAGUUGUUCAAAUAGUUUCUUUAAUGAGCUUGGUGCAGCCAGCGUAGUAGUAUACACGGAAUGUUUCACUUGCUUCUGAAUAUCAUUUUCUUCCAUAAGCGCUUCCUGCGUCGGCAUUCUCAAGUUAAUAUUACCUAAAUAUUAUUCAAGAUACGAAUGAAUGUGGCAGACUGGAAUGUGGUUAUAUUUUGUAGAAGUUUUUGUCCGGUGACUUAUUAGGACCGCGAAACGCCCAUUUCCGUAUUCUUAUUCUUUCUAAGAUUAUAUAAGCCUGAUCAUCGUCGCGAGCGAAGUCAGCGUGAGGUGUAUAAUAAACCUUAAAAAAGAAAAUAACUAAACGACAAAAUAAUAUAAUUUUCAUUUCACAUUCCGAUCGCCAAAAAUUUACUUUUUCGAACUAAUCUUUGAUCAGCAGUAAUGUUAAUAUUGGUUGUGUCAACUAUUUAUGGAUUACAAAUUCUAUUUUAUAGCUUGAUC